GCGCACGCGCGGGGCCGCCGGACCGUUUGGCGGCGGGUUCGAUUCAAACGGCGGCGGAGUAUGGAGGGAGGGGGAACUUCCCGUAUCCCCGUUUACGGGCAGUCCCACCGCCUCGGGUCGCCCGCAGAAAUACAAAUGGCUUUUCCUUCAAAGAAACAAUGCGUCGGCAAAACGGCAGAUCUAGAGUUCAACAAAGAUCCCAAUUUUAACUUUAGCUCAAACAUUCCAGCAGAUGGUGUCUUCAAAGCUACAAACCAAGGGUUGCCUAAAUCUGCCAAGAAAGUGGAACCACUUUCAAAGAAGACAGCUACAAGAGGACCUCUCAACAGAUACAAACUAGAAGCAGAGCUGAAGACCAAGAAUCAGCUCUUAGAAACAGCCAAACAACAACUACACUCCAGACUAACGGGAGCACAGGGUACCAUAAAGGAGUUGAGGGAGGAGAAUGAAGGCCUGAUACAAGAAGUUGAGAAGCUCAAGAAAUUUCAGGAGACUUGCAUGGUGAUUUUAGAAAGCAGGAACAUUGAUCCUGUUACAGGCAACAACAUCUUGGAGGAGGAAGAGAAGACACAAGAAUGCCAGAAGCAGACAACGCUGUUAACAGAGAAGCUCAUAGAAGAAUUGAGGCAAUUUAAUCAAACAGCCACAAAAGAGAAGGAUGAGCUCGAGGCAGCCAUGGCCAAGUGGAAACAGGCGGAAGAAGGGAGGCAGCAGUCCCUGGAGAAGCAUUCCUCCUUCCAAGCAGAAAUUAAGGAAUGUUCAGUGAUCCUUGAUGAGCUGGAGCUGCUCCUGGCCAAGUGAGGCGCGAGGACGGACUGUGCUCUCUCUCUUCUUAUGAUGUUUUUCUCCUAGUUCAGUAGUUCCCGUGAGCCUGAUUCCUUAGUCCCUUGGAAAUCCCAUGCCUUACCCUGAUGCACAGGCUGUGCAGGGGGCUUCCCAUCGGCACAGACAACUUGGUGCAGAAUUUGGAAGGUGACAGCUCCUCCAGCCCAGGACAGAGUGGUCACAAAUUGCUUUGAAUAAAUAGGCACUAAAUGUUAUUUUUUCAGUAGUGAUAUUUCUCAGAAUUCCCAGCAUCAGUGCACCCACAAGCCAGAGGAAGGCAAUCCUGGGCCAGUUCAGCUGACUCACGGAGAUGGAGCUGUGAGGAGGAAAAGAGGGGCUCUGGAGGGUGCAAAUGUCUGCAGAGACUGUGUAACAGUGCCCAGGGAGCAGAGUUGGGUAUUUUUAACACUAGUUCUUAUUCUUGGCAAUUGAAGACUGAUUUCUUACCUCUCCUGCUUGACCUGUGAAAGGGACAAGAAGAAAAAACACAUUACAUUUGAGCUUUGAUACGCUUUU